GCUAUCUAUUGCUAAAAAAACGCUGAAUUUUAAAUUAAAUCACCUUUGUCUCUCUGUCUCUAGUACCAACGCCUCGAUUUCUCAUUUUCUCUUCAGACCACCCAGAAUCUGAUUCACAAGUCGUCUCUCCAUUUUAGUUUCUUCUUCAGGAGAUUUCAUUCCGUCUCUCUCUCUUAAUUUAGAUUUUGUUUCUCCCUUUAAAGCUGCGAGAGGAAGCUUAAAACUCUUCUCCUGCGUGCUUCUGCCCUAAUCUCAUCUGCGUGCUUGUCUUGUUAUGUUUUUUAAAGGAAGCAAGACUUACACUUUAAGCAUUCUUUUGGUUCUUGAACUCGAUUUAGUCAUUAGAUCUGACUCAGCUUACGAGUAAACAAGCUUUUUCGCUUGCCAUGCCAAAAGCAGUAAACAGUGAAAAACCCCUUUUCUUUUUUAUUCGGUUGGUGCAUUGGUUGUUGGUGUUCUUAUCAACUUUCAUCUUCUAUUAAUUAGUUAGCUAUUGGUGGGGGUUUUGUCAUUUUCGUUGAAGUAGCACCAAGUCUGGACAUAACGUCUGAAAACUCUGCAGCAAAAUCUCUAUUGGGUCGAUUCCUUUUUCGGGUUUCUGAAAUUUUGGUAAUUUCAAUCAACCCGUGUCUUUGUUUUGUACAAAAGAUCAAGGCUUUGAUUUGCUGGUUUGAAGUGUUCAAAAGACAAUUUUGGUAUCUUGUCUGAAUCAAGUUUAUUCAUCGGUUAGGCAAAGCUUCUGUUUUUUUUUAAGGAAUGAGGAAAAUGUAUAGGAAGCUGAUUUGGAUCAGGCAUUCAGGGUUUAGGGUUUUCAGAGACAGGAAAUGGAUGUUCCCGUUUCUGGCAAGCUUGGUCUUAUCAGUUACUCUGUUGAUGUCUGUAAUUUAUCUCCAGUUAGACAGUUCUUAUGUGGAAGAAGCACCAUUGCCAUUCGAUAAUGUCUCAGAAGAAUCAAAUGAGUACUUUGUAGAACCACAUUUGAGAAAGUCUUUGAAUUCGACGAUGAAUUCGAAUUCUUCAGAGGUUCCUAGGCUAGCUUAUCUGAUCUCGGGGACGAAAGGUGAUAGUCAUAGGAUGAUGAGGACUUUGCAAGCUGUGUAUCAUCCAAGAAAUCAGUAUAUUCUGCAUUUAGAUCUUGAAGCUCCACCUAAGGAAAGGCUGGAGCUUGCAAUGUCUGUGAAGAGUGAUCCUACUUUCCGUGAAGUUGAGAACGUCCGUGUUAUGUCUCAGUCGAAUCUGGUUACCUAUAAAGGCCCUACAAUGAUUGCUUGUACGCUUCAGGCCGUGGCGAUUUUGCUUAGAGAAAGCUUGGAUUGGGAUUGGUUCCUCAACCUUAGUGCCUCGGAUUAUCCUCUCGUGACACAAGAUGAUUUGUUGUAUGUCUUCUCAAAUUUGUCUCGGAACAUCAAUUUCAUUGAACAUAUGAAGCUCACCGGUUGGAAACUGAACCAGAGGGCCAAAUCAAUCAUUGUUGAUCCUGGUUUAUACUUAUCAAAGAAAACCGAAAUUGCUUGGACUACGCAGCACAGAUCAAUUCCCACUUCUUUCAAGCUGUUCACGGGCUCGGCUUGGGUAGUUCUGACUCGGUCUUUUCUUGAAUACUCAUUAUUGGGAUGGGAUAAUUUCCCGAGGACAAUCUUGAUGUACUACACUAACUUUGUAUCUUCCCCGGAAGGAUAUUUCCACACAGUAAUAUGCAACACCGAAGAGUUCAAGAGCACUACGAUUGGCCAUGACCUGCACUACAUUGCUUGGGACUAUCCUCCAAAGCAGCAUCCAAACUCUUUAUCAAUGAAAGAUUUCGACAAGAUGGUCAAAAGCAAAGCCCCCUUUGCUCGAAAGUUCCACAAGAACGAUCCUGUAUUAGACAAGAUAGAUAAAGAGCUGUUAGGCCGCACUCACCGGUUCUCUUCAGGGGCUUGGUGCGUUGGGAGCUCAGUAAACGGUGAUGAUCCGUGCUCUGUUCGGGGAGAUGACUCGGUUUUAAAACCAGGCCCUGGUGCUGAGAGGCUAAAGGAGCUUGUUCAGACACUUUUAUCUGAUGAAUUCAGAAGGAAACAGUGUUCAUGAGAGGUAAUGAUUAUAAACUCAAAAAUUGUACAUUGUUUUUGUUUCACUAGAUAGGUUUUGAUAUACAGUUAUACCAAACGAUCAUUGUCACCCAAACUUUUCUAUAUAGAAAGCUAUUACAUUAGC